AUGACGAUCGAAGAACAGCCCGAGCAAUUCAAUAACACACGCAAAGCCGACUUCAAAUCAAUCUACAACCAAUCCGAUCCUCGCGCCUACUUCGCAGCCCUGACGACAUUGCAGUACCAGAUCCCGCAGCUGGCGCUUCCUUUCGUGAACCGUAUUCUCCAGCACAUCUCCAGCCGCGCUCCGUCCGCGUCUCCAUCCGGGACCACUUCCAAUGAUGAUGACACGGUGACCACGGCAAUCAAAGUCAAAGUUCUGGAUGUGUGCUCCUCGUACGGUAUCAACGCCGCCCUACUCCGCCACGACAUCGAUAUGGACGGGUUGGCGGAACACUACGUCUCUACACCGAAGCCCUCCUCCCGGGAACAGAUCGAGGCCGACGAGCGGUUCUUUGCGGGGCGUAGAUUGCAGACUGAGCAAGACUCAGAGAACGAAGUCGAGAUCAUCGGCUUAGACGUCGCACCCGAAGCAAUAUCGUACUCUCUGCAAACAGGUCUUCACGCAGCCGCCUUCACAGAAAACCUCGAAACCUCCAACCCCUCACCAGACCUCCGUAACGCACUCCGCGAUGUAAAGCUCGUGGUAUGUACCGGCGGCGUAGGCUACGUCGGCGCCUCAACCUUUUCACGCAUCGCUGCCGCCGCAAGGCCUUCAUCGUCGUCUCCCUCGGAGUUAUGGAUGGUGACGUUUGUUCUGCGCGUUUUUUCGUUUGAUGAGGUUGCGGAGAGGUUGAGGACGAAGUUUGGGCUUGUGACGGACAAGGUUGAGGGGCGGGUGUUUCGGCAGCGGAGGUUUAGUUCGAGGGAGGAGCAGAGGGCUGCGGUGGAGGAUGUUAGGCGGAAGGGGCUUGAUGAGAGGGGGUUGGAGGGGGAUGGGUGGUUUUGCGCGGAGUGUUGGGUUACGAGGCCGGAGAGUUGGAGGGGGGAGGUUGGGGAGUUGGUUGAGGGUCUUUAG